UUUGCGAAGAGGAGAACACGCUAGAGCAUAGCGCUGGGUCCUGCGUCCCUGUACUGCACGGGACCCCAGGCGCGCUUCUUUGCUGUCUUCUAGCGCGGGUCUCACUGUCUCCGCGGUCAGUCGUCGCUAGUUCCUCAUCCUCCUCAGUCCCCUGUGAGGUGCGAACGAGCCAAUCUGUAGGCUUCUUCCCCUUCCUUUUUUCUCUCCCUCCCUCCUCCGCAGCCGCCGUCCCCAGAGGUGCUGGGCUGCUGGCCCGCAGGAUGAAGAACCCAAUGCUCCAGGCAGUGUCCUUACUGCUGGAGAAGCUGUUCCUCUUCUCGAACUUCAAGCUCUUCAGUUUGGGCGCCCCGAGCGAAGACAAGGCGAGGAACAUCAACUCUUUCCUCCGCGGCGAUGUGCUGGAGGUGCCCCGGUUCCACCUGACCCACAGUGGCAUCUACCUGGGCGACAACCGUGUCGCCCACAUGAUGCCCGACAUCCUAUUGAUCCUGAGGGCCCACAAGGGGCUCACGCAGAACGUGGUCUCCAACAAGCGUCUCAUCCUAGGUGUUAUAAGUAGGGUGGCCAGCAUUCGCGUGGACACAGUGGAGGACUUCGCCUACGGAGCCGAAAUCCUAGUCAAUAACCUGGACAAGGCCCUCAAGAAGAAGGCGCUGCCCAACGAAGAGGUAGCGAGGAGGGCGGAGAAGCGGCUUGGUCUUACUACCUACAGCCUACUGUGGAACAACUGUGAGCACUUCGUGACCUACUGUAGAUUCGGCACCGCGAUCAGCCCCCAGGCUGACAAGUUUCGUGAGACAUUGAAGAUAAUUAUUCGUGAUCAGAGAAGUGUUCUUGCCUCAGCACUCUUGGGAUUGGCAUCUAUAAUCUAUCUGGGGUUGACAUCAUAUACUGCCCUUCCUGCAAUUUUUAUUCCAGUCUGCUUAUGGCUGGCUGGCUAACUUCACAACCUCGUGUCAGUAUUCUGUGUGUGAAAGUUUAUAUUUAUAGGGCACAAAUCAGUAUAACUAUCGUCGAUAAAAGUGUGACCUGUGACACUGUCUGGAUAAAAAUGUGAUUAAGAAUCACAGAAAAUGCUUACUGUGUAAGCCCAAGAACAAAGGCUUUCUGGUCUUCCUCAGGCAGUUCCAAUAUAAAAUACAUGGCGACUUGUGAUAGAAUUCAUCAUUACAAGAAAACCAGCCCUUAAGAUGAUGGCCACAGGAGAUUGUUUGUGUUAGUGUUUCUCCUGUAAUCAUUGAUCAUCUCUGUUACGCCUGAAUUUGAAGAUUGGAAGACUUACUGAAUGAGAUCACUAACUUUAUUGUAAAUUUACCUUGUUUUAUUGUAAAACUUAUAUUAAACUGAAUUUCUCAUGUUAAGAUGAAAACAUGUUUGAUGAUUGGCCAAAAAAAAUUUGCAAUCUUUUUUCAUGUAUCAUAUAUGAUUCUCAACAAGUCAAGAAUAUUUCAUUACUUGAAACCACAUUGGCACAGUUAUGGUUUGAUGAUAAAGUAACUGACCGGAAGUAUAGAAAUCUGUUUUCCUGUAGAAAUAUCUACUACAGCAUCAGUUGAACAAUUUGAUUUGGCUUUACUUAAUAAGAAAGACUGGCAUUCAUUUUUUGUUUGUUUGGGUUUUUUUCCUUUUAUAUGUCACUGUGGUUACUUUAAACCACUCUGAGAGGUAAAUAUUUAGAUAUGGGACUAAAGUAAUUUGGAUUCUUGGAGUAUGGAUGUGCCAAUUAAACAUGCAGAUAUCCACAUGCAUUCAGAUUGAUGAGAAACAAAUUUUGUUCUUGAUUACUUUAUUAUCAUACCAGUCUGGUUAUUAUAGAGCAUUUGUGGAGGUGAAUGUUAAAGCAAGUUUAAUCCACUUUCUUAAGCCCUUGGCUGUGGUGUAACUUGCAUAUAUGUCAUUGGAUGUUUAACUUUUAAAGCAGUUACUAAUGUACUGUAUAAAUUUUAAAAACCCUCAGAUUUGUUUUCUAGUCAGUUUUCUCCAUUUCAUUGCCAAGUAAGCUUACACCCUUAAAAGAAGGAUGCCACGGCAGUAUGUAAACUCCAAACGAGUCAGACCAAUGGAAACAACUGUUAGAAAUCAUUCUUAAGUGUCUCAGAACUGCCAGCCAUGUAAAUUGAUUACAUUGAGGCUGUUUCAAUAUCAGAGCGGAGAUGCAGCAGUGUGAAAGCAAGCGUUCAAGUACUUUUCCAAAGUUCUAAAAUUCUAAAAUUAAGCCACAUCUAGACUUGUGUUUCAAGUAUUAAAGUUAUUUUAUAAACUAUCAAGAAUGACAAAAUAAUGAGUAACAUAAUGGUUGGUAUGAGACGGGCAGGUUCCGUCACUCAGUGAUCCAACCACAACAAAUUUAAUAGCAGAUUUUAAUGUAACUGAUGUUUUAUCACCACCAAUUUACCCACACCAAAUUCAGUUGGAGUUUAAUAAUUAAGCUUUGUGUUUAUUCAUUUAAAUUAAAACAUGAAAUGGAAACACUACAGCAUAAAGUUCUAUGGGUCUUCUCCAACCCUUAAAAUUAUUUUAACUAUGUAUACAAAAAAACAACCACCAUGAGAUAUCCACUGUAUUAGUGUUUUUUUCAAUGAUUGUAGUGAAAAUUGUCUUGUAGCAAUUGCUUAAAUCAUUUUUAAAAAAUACAGUGUCCUCAUAAAUAAUGAACACCUUUUUGCAAACUUUAGUAUUGCAGAUAGUAAAAACCACUGAUGUUAAAUCUGUGUUCAAAGAAAGCGAUCCGCAUUGAAUGCCAAGGGAAGUACUUAAGGUUGGAAUUAACAUAAUUAGUCUUGACUCACUUCAUAUUCUUAAAGCAAUAUUCAAUUCAUCAUUUGUUUGAGCGCUCACAUAUGCCUGUUGCAAUUUCAUGGUCUAGAAUGAAUAUCCUUUAACUCCCCAUAUUAAAGUGUAUGCAGUGCUAUGGAAAUGCAGGGGAAGAAGACACUAAAUUGUCAGAGAAAUCUCUUUGAAGGAGGCAAUGCUAGCAUUAAGCUGAGAAAUAGUAAGAGGUGAUCUUAUCAUAGCUGAUGUGAUGUCCCACUACAUAUGGGAAAAGGGAACUGGGAGGAAGAUUUUAUUGAGUUGUCGGAAAAGUCAUGAUGUAUAUUUUCUAUGUUUUUCAUUGCAAAAAUGCGUCAUGACUUUUCCGACAACCCAAUAUUUACUAAACGUGGUGCCACAACACUAGAAGUUUUUGAACUUAGGCAAAAAGGAGAGUUUUUGGUUUUUUUGUGCUCAGUUUGAUUAGUUGCUUGACUAGCUAGAAAAAGACAUAAAUAUUCCUGAUUGUGGUUGUGGAAGAAACCCUGAGCCAUUAAUAUGUCUUGAGUGAAUUUCAAGACUGGGCUUCAUCAGUUAAGAUGUAUCCUUAUGAUCCUGAGACCUUGUAUUUUCAAACUUCUGACUUAUGAAAUGAUAAUCAGGCAGUAUCCGAUGCAGUGUUUUGUUGCUUUUUUUUUUUCCCCCCCACACCUAGAUGAAUAACAAAUAGGACUAUUGGGGCUAAGAUGAAAUAAUACAAGAGUCAGGUACUGUGCAGGUGUUAAGGAUGAAAAGGUGAAAGACGUGGACCUCUUUCUCAAAGUUCAUAGCCACGUGGACAUAGAAGUAUUAAGACAUUAUUCAAUAGGGCUGAUUGAAGGCAUAGAAAAAGAAGUGGUUGGUUCUAACUGAUCAGGCCAAAAUUAUAGGGACUGAGGCUUGGAAAAGUGAGGUGUUUUCCAGAGGACAGAUUUGGGCAGGACAUUCUACACAAUGGGAACAGCAUGAGCAAAUGCAUGAAAACUGCCCACGUAAGUGCGAGGCACACUACUAUUUGUUGACUGAAAGCAUGAAAUUCCAUUGAGCAUCCGGGCAAAAGCAAGUGGUUCAGAGGCUAGAGCAGAGCAAAGAUGAUGAGGAGAGAUGUCGGAAAAAGAAACCAGCGAUUACGUGGUGCAAGUCUUGUGCAGACCAAAAAGUGUGCACUUAAUGAACAGGCGAUGGAGAUUUGGGGUUCAGAAACGUAACUCCCAAAAGUACGGAGGAAGGGUGGGAGCAUGGGGCAAGACAGGAUGAGGCGAUCUAGUAGGGAGACAAGCUAUGGUUCUCAGUCUCAAAUAAGGAUCUGUAAUUGUGAGGAUGGAGCGCAGAUGUGUCAAGGAAGUGUCAACAGACUUCAGCCAAAUCUUUAUUUUUGAGUAAGUCUUGGUGGGGUGUCAGGGAGGAGUCAUUCAUCCUUCUUUCCUGCCAGCAAGUUGGUUUCUGAGAAAUAAGUGAACAUGGCAGCUGUGCGUCUAUCGGAUACUCCAUAUCUUUGUUCUGCUAGAUAUAUUUCUUUUUAAGGACAAGCAAAUAAGGUUUUCUUGUUUAAAAGAUUUUUUUUUUCAGGGUAUAUAUUUCUUAGUUUUUCUAUUUCAUACUAUUACUGUCAAAUAUAAAAAAAAUGUUUUCUAGCAAUAUUGAAGUUAUACCAAUGGCAAAGCUUUUUUGUUACAGAUGAGAGGCAUGUAAGAAAUGGUAGUUGCCAAUCUUCUGUUUUAUAUGAUUUAUUUAGAGAGUUUUACCCAACCAAGAUCUGUUAGCUCAACUAAUUUUAUAUUUGGUAUACAUGUAUGUUAAAUAAAAUCAAUUUUACAUA